AUGGACCUUAUUGAAAGGGCUGGUUUAACAAAAACUAUUUCGAAUGUCGGUCCAUUUUAUCCCCAGCUUAUUAGGGAGUUUAUAGUUAAUUUUCCUAAUGAUUUUAAUGAUCCAAGUAGCCCGGAUUAUCAGACGGUUCAUAUUCGAGGGUUCAAAUUUGUGAUUUCUUCUACUGUGAUUAACGGGUUUUUAGGGAAUGUUAUUGAUGUUUACUGUUCUCCAUCGUCUCCUUCCACUAAUGUUCUAGCUUCUGUCUUAUCUGGUGGGACGUUGUCCACUUGGCCUGUAAAUGGAAUUCCUGCAGUUGCUCUUAGCAUCAAAUAUGCCAUUUUCCAUAAAAUUGGCAUUGCCAAUUGGUUCCCUUCCUCUCGUGCCUCCAGUGUAUCUGCUGCCUUAGGAACAUUUCUGUAUCGAAUCUGCAAUGAUAAUAAGGUGAAUACGGGUGCAUUCAUUUACAAUCAGUUGUUACGUCAUGUUAGUUCAUUUGGGGUUAAGACUUUCAUUGCUCUUCCGCGACUCUUCUCAAAUCUGUUACUACACCUCAACGGAGCUGUGCUCACUGCAGCUGAUACUUCUGGACCUGACCCUAAAACUUUAGCCCUUAGCUACAGACUCUUUCAGGACAGUCAUGUGCAUGAUAUUGAUAUGAUGUGCAUCCAUCUCUUGGCCCGUUUCUUUGUUGAUCGUGAGUUAGCUGCCCGCAUUGUUAAUGCUCUGACUUUUGAAUCUCGUGCCUUAACCUACUCCAUCAAUCUGUUGUCUGAACGACGGUUGGAAAUUGAUGCCCUCAUUCGACACUUGAAGACCUUUGCUCCAUCUACUAGUCGUAGAGAAUCAACUACUGAUUGA